GCGCCCCCCCGGCCCCUGGAGCCGGCCCCAGGGCUGCCGCUCUGACACCAGUUCCUGUGGGGCGGAGCUGGCCGCCCUGCUGCCGGCUGGCGCGUCCCCCAGUCCCUUGCGCUCGCAGGGAGCAGCCCGUCGGCGCAGCAUGGAGGGCGGCGGCCUGCCCAGCCCGCAGGACUCCCCCUUCGGCUGCCCCAUCUGCCUGGACACCCUGAAGGACCCGGUCACCAUCCCCUGCGGCCACAACUUCUGCCUGGGCUGCCUGGGGGCGCACAGGCACCGCCCGGGGCUCGGGGCGGGCGGCGCCCCCCGCUGCCCGCUGUGCCAGGAGCCCUUCCCGGCCGACCUCCAGCUCCGCAAGAACCACACGCUGUGCGAGCUGCUCCAGCUGCGCCCGCCGCCGCCCGGCGCCCGCCGCCCCGUGGCCCCGCCGGCGCCCCCGGGGCAGGAGGCCCCCGGCCCGUCGGAGCCCUGCGGCGCCCCCCAGCGGCAGGAGCCGGAGGAGGAGCGGGUGCUGUGCGAUGUCUGCCCCGAGGGCGGGCGGGCCACGGCGGCCCAGUCCUGCCUGGUGUGCCUGGCCUCCUUCUGCCCGCCCCACCUACAGCCCCACCUGCGGAGCCCGGCCUUCCAGGGCCACCGCCUGGUGCCCCCGCUGCGCCGCAUCGAGGAGAGCCUGUGCAAGCUGCACCUCCGGCCGCUGGAGAGCUUCUGCCGCACGGACCAGGCUUGCAUCUGCCAGCUGUGCCAGGGCCAGGAGCACCGGAGCCACGAGGUGGUGGCGGUGGAGGUGGAGCGAGAGCACAAGGAGGCCCAGCGACCCAAAAUCCUGAGCUGCGUGGAGAACCAGCUGGACGAGCUGGGAGUCACUGUCGCGCAGACCAGAAAGACCGUGGAGCUCAUCAAAAGCGCCGCCCUGAAGGAGAAGGAAAAAGUCAGCAGGCUCUUCGAUGAAGCAUCCAGAGCUCUGGUGACCUUCCAGAAAGAGGUGACUGGCUUCAUCGAGGAUGGUGAGCGAUCCAUGCUGAUUGAGGCUGAAGAGGAUCUCCGGCAGAAGGAGGAGAGGCGUGCCAAGCUGGCUCAGUGCAGGCAGAACCUGGAGAGGGUUCCGAGCACGGAUACCAUUUACUUCCUACAGGAGUUCCAGGCGUUAAAAAUAGCAGCUGAGGAAAAGAGUUCCCUGUGUCCAAGCUUCCAGAAGGAAUUGAGCUUCACCAAGUCCAGCCAGGCUGUCUGCGCCAUGAAGGAGUUGCUGGUGACUGCAUGCAAGAACCAGUGGGACCAAUUGCUGGGGAAGGGGUAUGAAGAGUCUUGUUUCCAUGGGAUGCAAGAAGCAGUUGCUGAGCUCCAACCUUCGGACAAAUCAAACAAUCCAGCCUGCUUGGAGACAAGAGACUAUUUCCUGAAAUUUGCCUUCAUCAUCGAUUUGGACAGCGACACCGCGGACAAGUUCCUCCAGCUGUUUGGAACCAAAGGGGUCAAACGUGUAUUGAACCCCAUCGGCUACCCUGAGAGCCCAACCAGGUUCAUCAACUGUGAGCAGGUGCUGGGCGAGAACCUGAUGAACCGAGGCAACUACUACUGGGAGGUGGAAAUCAUUGAUGGCUGGGUGAGCAUCGGUGUCAUCGCCGAGGGCUUCAACCCACGGGAGUCCUACGACAGAGGCCGCCUGGGGAGGAACGAGAAAUCCUGCUGCCUGCAGUGGAAUGGACAGAACUACACGGCCUGGUUUGGUGGCUUUGAAUCUGUUAUCCAGCAGCCCUUCUUUCACACGAUCGGGGUAUACCUGGAGUAUUCGGAAAAGGCACUGACCUUCUACGGGGUCAGGGACUCCAAGAUGACGUGUCUCCAACAGCUCAAGGUUGCCCGCUUCAAAAAAGGCCACUUUGACCCCUUCCAAAAUAAGAUCAACCACCAGUUCCCAUCGCUGUUUGCAUAUAACCUCAAACCAGCCUUUUUCCUUGAAAGCGUAGAUGCCCAUAUGCAGAUUGGGCCAUUGAAGAAGGAUUGUGUUUCAGUGUUAAAGCGGAGGUAACUUGCAGAGAAGACCCAGGAGUCUCUCUUGUAAUUGUUUACUACCACCAUGGCUUAUAUAGUCUUCUCUCUGGAAUAGCCCUGCCAACCCACUCUAGCCCUGUGCUGUUUGUAACCCGGGGUUAACAAACAGAAGUCGCCUCUUAGUGGACUGGGACUCAGGAGACCUGGGUUCUGUUUCUGGCUCUGCCAUUGGGUGACUGUGGGUAAGUCAUGUCACCGUUCUGUGCCUCAGUUUUCCCAUCUGUAAAAUGGGAGUAAUUAUAUUAACCUGCUUUGUAAAGUGCUUUGAGAUCUACUGAGGAAAAGCAAUAGAUAAAAGCUAGCUAUUAUUAUUAUCUUUAAAAAAUGGGCAUUUUAUGAUGGCCUAGCCUUGCCAGCCUUGCCAGCCUAACCAAGGGGAUAUAAUCUUAGUGACCACUCUGACCGUGUGAUCCCACAGUUACUCUGCUCUGUGCCUUACUCCACACUGUAAAUGCGGGAUGGUUGUUUAAUAUGUGUUAGCCCCCCUACACCUUCAAAAUCUGCUUUCUGGGCGAACGCCUCCUAGACAAUGCUUUAAAAACAGCAGGUAUAGCAUGGGCUGUACAAAUACAAUGCUCUACACAGCAACAGUGCAUGCUUCCCCAGCACUGCACCACCAGCGUGCCUCAACCUUAUUCUGGAGGGACCAUAUCUAAGAGUGAGAGUGCCCUCUUCGGACCCCCCAAGCCAUACAUGUGCUGCUCAUAAAGACACACCUCAUGUCCCAAAGCAGGGAGGUGAUAGACCAGCACCGAUGAGAUCACACCUAGAAUGCUCAACUGAGUCCAAUACACCUCCACACCAGAAAGUGGGAGACCAGAAUUCAGGGAAAACCAGCAAGAACGACUAAGGGUGUGGGAGGGAUGGGCAGGUUGAGGAAAGAUUAAAAGAAGUCCUGGAUUGGCUACAGGAUGACGAUGGGACAUGACUCCGAUGCACAAGGAUGUAACCUCAUUUUAGUAAGAAUAGUUACGGGUGGUAAGGAGGGCUGUAACUAGGAGGAAAGGGAUGAAAUUAAGGAUAAUGAAAGCUGAAUAUCAGGGAUACUUCUUAAGAGCGAGAUCUAUUCUUUUGUGGAAUAGUCUCCCAAGGGAAAUGGUGGAAGGCCCCAUCAGCUGAAUUAUUUAAAAGCGGUUUCGAUAAAAGACUGUGUAGAACAAUCUCGCAUUAGUCAGGAGAUGGAGGAGGUGAAUGAAUGCUGUAGAACUGCCUGUCUAGCUUCUGAGACAGGUUCAUUCAAUUCUUGGCUUCUUCGGUGUGACUGCCAACUCACCUAGCCCCCAUUGUGAUGUCAUCCGUCCACUAAAACUGGUCUGGGACCACCAAGGUCAUUUUCACAUAGUCCACCAAAUAACCAUCCAGAUGGUAGCAGCUUUCAAUAUGGGAUGGAUUUGAACUGGUGUCUCAGAGAUGAAAUAUCCCAAAUCCCAUUGCCAAUCCCCUGAACAAAGUGAUGUUACAUGUAAAGGGAAACAAAUGACGUCUGUGAUGUUCAUGCAAACCAUCUAUAUAUGCAUCAUGAACAUCAUCUUCUGCAGAUACUUUGAAUGUUAGUCUGUUGCAUUUGGGAAAGAAAAAUAUUCCUGUUGGCGUUAUGAGGCCAGUCCUGAAUGCCUUACUUAGGCUAAAGUCCAAUUGACUUACACUGGAGCAGCUCUGGGCCCUCAAUCUGCUUCCCAGUACUAUAAAAUAUCCCAGCCAGUGGGAUGAAAUAGCUGCUAGUGAGAGACUCCAGCACCAUUCACUGGCUGGAGAUCCUGAAAUAGCAAUAGUGGUAUUUAUGAAAAUUCACUUUUAAUAGAUAGUUUCUCAUCCAGGAACUAUUAUUUAGUUAAUUAAGGCAUCACUGCAGGUUUCCUUUUCUGUUAUAAUCACAUCCCUACUUUCUUGUGAACUUUAGUAGCAUUAAAAUCCCAAAUUCCUAAAAGACUCCAGUUAGUGCAGUUCCUUUUUAGUUAUUAAUGUACCCCAGUGUAGUUUAUAAAGGGUUUUAAAUGAUUAAUAGAUAUGAUAAGUUGUUACAGAUAUAAAUAGUGUGUGUUAUAGAAGAUGGUUAUAAGCACAUUAGUAGAAGCUAUUCUAGGUGGUUGUAAGUCCUGGUUAAAACAACCUACUGACCUGUUGGAUUCUGACAAUCUGUAACCUUUCAUGAACUAUAUAUUAAAACAUCUGUUAAUUAUGUAUUUACCAUUUAUAAAUGUAUACUUAAUAUAAAGGAUGGUGAAGAAUCCUUUCUGAAAAAGGUGGAAAGGAAAAGAGAACUUUCAAGAGCACAUUUCUCAAGCCACCUUCUCAUAUAUCUCCAGGGUAUAUUCAAUAGCCGGAAAGAAUUACUGUCACAUCUAUGCACUGCAGUAACUUCAUCUCCCAUGUCUUAGUGUUAUAUGCAUUGCUAUGAGUUAAUUUUCUCUGAUAUUAGUUUAUCACCUACCUCCUAGAGCUUGCGUUAUA